AUGAGCCCGUGUACGGUUGCUAUGUCAUCCCCUAGCGGGUUGGCCCCGAAGCGAUCAGAUCCGUCCAGAUCUUCGAUUUCCAGUCGGAAACGGCCUAGUGUGAGCUCCACGCAGGCUAGCCCUCAAUUGCGACCAAAAAUCAGCCCGAGCAUCCAGCCGCUGAUGCGAAGUGGUGAGGCAAUGUCGCAAGAUGCGCUUUACUUGGCUUCCAAGUCCAAUUACCAACAUAUCCUCGAUGGAACCUUGCCCUCGGGCGUCUCAUAUCCCGAGGCACUGGCCGAGAACCUGAGUUCCAAGCGCACCAACCAUAAACUUGCCGAACAGGGACGCAGGAAUCGAAUCAACAGCGCUCUCAAGGAAAUCGAGGCCCUGAUACCGUCAGAAUUUGUCCACGCGAGACAGGCCAAGGAGGCUGCCUUGACUGGAGUUAAGCCCGCUGACAAGGAGAAAGAGAAGGCUUCCAACCAAGCCAUCAGCAAAGCGAGUGCGGUAGAGAUGGCCAUCGACUACAUCAAAGCCCUUAAGAAAAGCCUGGAUGACACCACCCAGAAAUUGGCUGCAACCGAGGCGAAGCUCGCUGGCGCUACUCUCGACGACAAAUCUGCAGAUGCUUCUGCAGCUGUGACAGGGAAGGAAGUCAACGGCACCGGUCAUGACUCGACCAACGAGACGUCAUGA